UUGAUGACUCAUCGACUUUAUCGUUAUGACUUGAGUCCGGAGCAAUGGAUCAUUGUAUUUGUCUUUAUUAGCUCAGUCGCUGUGGUGUUAUUACUUGCUAUUUUUGUACGCAACGUCCUUCGUUGGAAAGUUAUUCGUGGUCUAAAAGACGGAAUAUUUUAUUCCAACCGUUAUUAUUUGAAUAAUUUAUCCAAGUCUGCGAGAAAGUUGAUAUUAACGGAAGCAGAAAGAGAAAGACAACUUCGAGUUGUUCCUCAAGUAGCUGCAGACUUUGGGUGGGGAUCACCAGGAACGGAAUUGGAAGGUGUUCACUUUAAGACUUCAAUUGCCAAGUCUUACAAGGUAAUAGAGGAAGCAGCAAAAGCAAGGAUACCAUCGUUAGAGUUGAAACUUGGAAAAACAGUCUCCAACUAUAUUUCAGAAAUUCAAGAAUAUUUUCCAACUUUGCCUACAAAUACUUGCGAACAGUAUAUUGACUUUUAUGAGCGAGCUUGUUUCACGAAGGAACAGUUCACAGCUGCCGAGUAUCGUCGCUUUGUCAAUACGGUGCUUCUUCUUAUUCAGCAUAUAGAACAUGAUCCUUGCGUUGGAUAAAACUAUGGAUUACUAUGUUGUAUUAUU